GUUGCCUUUACCUGGUAGAUGCGAUAGGAGGAGACCCAGAGGUUCUGCAAGGAGAUGCUGAAACUUACUAUGAAAAACUCUUGAAGAAAUCUUCGUCUGUUCCUGAUGUUUUUUUGAUCCCUGGAGGAGGAGAGGUUAAACUUGAAGAUUCCUGUGUGUGUUUUGUCCCCCUCUACCGAAAUAAUCCUACUUGCAAAAUGUUGCUGUUAACUGAUCCAAAGGAUAAAGAGACAGUUUUGGCAAUUUAUCUGAACCAUUGUUGGUGGCCUGUUGAAGAUGUAGUAAAGACAGCUGAUCCUUCUAGAGAUGGGCUAAUUUCGGUCCAGACAUUUGGAGAAAGGAUUGUCCUCUUUGUUCUGAACUACAUUAUUUUUGGAAUGCUGGAAGGGAGUUCAGCUAAUGAUGCAUUUUUUCUACCCCACUCUGCCACGGAAUGUGCCAAGAUACUCUGGAGAAAUGGUGAGGCUGUUGCCUUUUACUCGGUCAAGAUGAAAGGAAGCCUAUGUGAUGGUACAACCAGUCAAUGUUACUUGCUACCGGUUUUGGAUACUAUAUUUGUCCGGAGAAAGUACAGAAGAGGUGGCCUAGGGAUGAAAAUGCUGCAUGAUUUCUGUCAGUCUUUCAUGGCUGAGGAUGCCUUGGGGAUCAGCUGCCCUAUUUCUGCUGCCAUGUGUCGAGUUUGCCAGAAAUACUUGCAGACUUACCCUGAUGAGCAGAAGCGACUGUGGGAGGUGGAAGCACCGGGAGAUUGGAGCCAGCGAGUGAAUAUCUGGUUAAAAAUUCAGAUGGAGUCAUCCCCUUCAGGAAAGGCUGAAGCGGGCUUUUAAACCAGUAAACCCAGGCAAUCAGAUAUGGACCAGAUGAGUAAGGGUGUUGAAUACAUUCCUGGUGUUGGGAAAGUGGCAAGAGAUGCCACAGAAAAAAAAGAUGACACAACAGCAGCAGGGACUCUAAAUUCACAGGGUCAUGAACAAGAGGACCUACAAUAAGGUGCAGGAAAUGCUCAGCAAUGCAAAGGAUUCAGAAAAGCAGGCCCUGGGGGCUCAGUUGGAGACAAGGCCACCAAACAAUUCAGAAUUAUACCAUAA